CUCACUGGCAACCGUCGUCGAGGCAGCACAGCGACAGCAACGCGCAGGAUUUCAGACGGGCGUUUUCAGACGUCGAAUUGAAUCAGACAGUCUCGAACCUAGACCUAAACAGAAGUUUUAGAUCCCUGCCAAAAUGCAUAUAUAAAGGUCCUGAUCCUUCCUUCCUCCCUUACGACUGACAAGAUGGAGCGCCAAUAUGAUACUCAUCAGCAAAUCCUCCUUCAGCCCAUUCUUCACCUACAGCGCCAGUCAAAGCUAAUUUUGCUUGACUUGAGGAGACUGAAGGCGUCGUUACUGAAGGCUUACAAUUCUGACCUCUGGCGUGCCUAUCGGCGCGUUGCUGCCGAGGUGGCUGUCCAUGUUGACAAAAUAUUCAAGAUCAUUGCGACGUGCUGCGGUAUCCUCGACAGACUUGGCGACGACCUCACAACCUAUCGACACAAAAUGGGACGAAAAGCUUUUGAUGCGCUGCACGGAAAGCUGCAUGCAGCACUCAAGACCGUAUCUCUCACCUCGGCACUGGAGGCACUCCGGCAGACGAUGCGCAUGCAGCUUGUGUACCCAUGGGGAUUGGACGCCUUCGUACAUGGGACGCUCAUACCGUUCGUGGAGCAGCACGCACUUCCCAUACAAUUCGGCAGAGCGGAAGCCCUUCUGCAGGGCAUGCCCCUUUUGACCCAGCUCGAGGAGCGCCUACAAAACACCGUGCGCAUCACACGCGAAUGGGACUGCCUGUGGCGCGAAGUCUGCCGUGGAUUUCACCCGGAGGCCGUCCUGCGCAUCCACCAGCUGCCCCCAGAAGUCCGCGCGCAUGUCAUCGGACCGGUAAGUGCAGUCAUAGCGGUGGCAGAACGCUGCACAUACGACAUACGCAAGAUUUGUUAUGAUAUUGGGCUUUGUAAUUGCGAUAGGGCCGGGCGUACUGACUCCAUCGAUCGCUUUAAGUAUCUCGACCCUAACUACAUACCCUGACUUGUAACCAUGCCCCUAAUCUAGCCAAAGAUGUCCUUUAUCCCAUCAGCCUUUCCAGGUAUUCUGGGCCGCCUACUUUACAGCUCCCAUCUUCCUCCUCCCGCGAUGAUCAGGAUAAACUCCCCGAAUGAUGAACGAACAUUCUGCCCUCUCCCAUCAGACUCUUUCUGGUACAACUCGUUGUCGGCCUUGGCCUUAAGCUUCAGCGCUAGCCUGGAUGUAUUCUACAGAACUCACGCUUAAGGAAAGUACUUCUGAGUCGAG